UGCCAGAUUUUUUGGGGUGUUAAGGGGCCCUGGUAAUGACAUUUAGAAAGUGACAAUGGUAGAGUGACCAAAGAUAUUUUAGAUAAGAUGAUAUGAUCUUUGCAAAAGAGGACACCCUAAAAUUGGCAGCAUGUUCUUCACCAGUCUUGAACCUUCUCCACCCUAGUCAAAGCUUUUUAUUGUACAAAAUGCUAUCUGAAUCCUGAGAAUCAUUCUUCAUUAUAUGCAAAGAAAAAUCUUUUCUAUCCACAGAAGUAAAAAAAUAAAAAAUAAAAAAAGAAAAAGAAAAAAUCUGAAAGAUGGUUGAGACUUCAGAGAGUUCAGGUGAAUCCAGUGACUGGGAAUUAGUCCAACACUCAUCUGAUCAGCCAUCUUCGCCGCCACCACAAGGGCAGCUACUCGGAUAUGAAAUGGUAAUAAGAGACAACUUCUAUGGUGAUAAUUCUAUCUUCCCACCAAGUGAGCAUGAAGACUUGCCCCUUUUAGGAGAAGACUCUGGUUCACCGAGAAAUACAUCACCACGACAGUUAUCGUUGUCAUCUGCAUGCUCAGACAUAGGUUCGCCGAAAGAGCAGCAGAUAAAAUCAGAUACAAGGCUUUCUAUCAUGAUGAAUGUCAUUGGGACUAGAAUGUACACAUUUGGAAGAAAAGUGUUUCAGGUUUUUCUUUGCACCAGUGGCAGCAGGAGGUGUUACUCUAUUUUUCCUGCUACCGCGAUAUUGGUAGCAUUACUUGCUUGCGUGAAGAUUCUGCAGUGGCGAAACCGCCUUCUGCUCCUCAUAAGAGAGAAAGACCAGAGAAUCAGCCAGCUCUUGCAUCAGAUAGCUCACAUGAACGAGAUCUUGUCAGCACGACGGAAGGUUCCAGUCUUGCGAAUUUAAUUAGACCAAUGUGACUACAAGAGCAUCAAAAUAUUGCUGCAAAUAGUUUAAUGAGUAAUUAGUUAAUGGUAUAUUGUAAUGCUGCAGAAUGCAAGCGAAACCUCUCUGGAAUUGAGAUUUCUAGUGUCCAGAGAACCGUUUUUCCAUUUAUAUACUGAAAAAUAUUGUAGAAUAGAUCUCCACACCGAGCUUCAAUACGACAACAGUUUUACAUUUAUACACUGGAAAAUAUUGUAGAAUAGAUCUCCACACCGAGCUUCAAUACGACAACACUCACGAAAAGGAAUAAACAAAGCAAUGUUUUUGCAGAUCUCGUCCACAAAACACUCCCAAUAAAUCAGGGAUACUCCAUCUGCAUACAAUCCUUCACACAUCUAUUGGGGAAACAGAAUUACUCAUACAGGUGGUUGAGAGGAACAACUAAAAAGUUGCCCUGAAGCAAGUUAUUUGCAGCGGGCAAAUGAGCAUUGAAAAGUUGCUAAGUUCACAGUUCAAGAAUGAAAAUAUAAUCACAUAAUGUUGCCUAGAGCAAAAAUUGAGACUUGAGGCAAUUAAGCAUGUAUCAACCUGCUGGGCAAAGUAUACCAGCUCACGAAAUAUUACUUUGUAUCUUACAUUAACAGCAGUCACACAAAUUUCACCAAA